ACCUAUUACUACUUUCAUGUGCUCAUUAUUCAUUGUUUUGUUACGCACUUCUGAUUAUGAAUAACGUCCAAAUCAUUGCAUAAGUUGCCACAGUGUGAUAUUUUUUGUGAGUGGGAAGUGAUAACGUUAAGGUUUGGUUUCAGUGCUAGCGAAAUGACCCCUCAAAUACACGACACUCCCGUCAACAUCAAAAAAGUGAUGGUUCUUUACGUGGGCGGUACAAUUGGCAUGGAAAGAAACGAAAACCACGUGUACUCUCCUUCCCCCAAUAAAUUUUUGAAAAAACUGGAACACAGUGCCCAAAUGCACGACCCACUUCUGGCCGAAAAAUAUAUAAAACACUUAGCCCCCAAUCAGCUAGUUUUGCCUGAAAUUGGGAGCGAUAUAGUUCUCUACCAGCUCGAAGAAUACAGUCCUCUUUUAGAUUCCAGCAACAUGUCCUCAAAAGACUGGAUCCGUAUAGCCAAAGACAUCGAAAAAAACUACACCCAUUUUGACGGGUUUGUAAUUUUACAUGGAACAGACACUCUGGCUUACACAUCGUCUGCGCUGUCGUUCAUGUUGGAAGGAAUCCAAAAGCCCGUUAUAUUAACAGGAUCGCAAAUUCCAAUUUUUGAGACACGAAGUGACGCCAAGGACAACGUUCUAUCAUCAUUGAUUUUGGCAGGCUGUUAUCGAAUACCGGAAGUUUGUAUUUUUUUCGCCAAUAAGCUUUUACGUGGGAAUAGGACUGCCAAAAUCAGUUCGACUCACUUGAAUGCGUUUGAUUCACCUAAUUAUACUGCUCUGGCAGAAGUUGGGAUCGACAUCACACUAAACAGGCAUUUUAUAAUGAGACCCAGUGGUGUGCCAUUCAGGGUUCACACUAAACUAAAUCCGAAUGUGGGACUGCUGAAUUUUUUUUCUACCAUGACUCCCUGCAUGUUUAGAGCUCUUCUACAGUGUCCUUCUGUCGAAGGAUUGGUCAUACAAAGCUACGGAGUGGGCAAUAUUCCCUCAAACCAAAAAGAACUGCUCCAAGUUAUUAAAGAGGCUGUGAGAAAUGAGAUUGUCAUUGUUAACAUUACACAGUGUGCACAAGGAACUGUCUCUGCGUCAUAUGAAACCGGAAAGGCGCUUGAAAACAUCGGAGUCAUUUGUGGACACGAUAUGACAGCUGAGGCCGCUCUAACAAAACUCUGUUACGUGCUUGGUAUUCCCGCACUGUCUUACGACGAACGAGUUCUGCUAAUGAAAGAAAACAUCAGGGGAGAAUUGACCAAUAAUAAUAAUAAUAUUUACUAAGUUCAUUCCCUUCACUAAAAUUAUUAAGUACCUAUUUAUUUCCCAUAAACAUUGUUCGUUUUCUAUGUAACCAUGUAUUGUUAGGUUAAUAAAA